AAUGGGAAACAUCUCGGUCUCCCCUCUAUGCCGGGACAAGAAAUCUAUAACUCAUUUUACUGGGGUACGAAGAAAAACGUUGGACGUGGAAUAAACUGGUUAAGAUGGACGACAGUUGGUAAAGAUAAUGGACGACUUAACUUCCGAGACCCAAAGGGGAACUGCUUAUUAGUAAUAUAUGAAAGUCGAACUAUAUAUAUUCCUUAAAAAAGACUAUUGGAAUUAAAGAUUAAUUGGAGAGUUUGGGGGGCGAAAGGGAUGGUUUUCAUCAUCAUCACAUUAUAGCUAGGUAAGAAACGUAAGUUUUGCGUUUGAGUUAAGGAGAAUGGAGAAAUCAGAGUCGGGGCAAGUCGCAAGCGAGUUAGAAGAAGUGGUUAAGUCUCUUCCUUCCGACGCCGUCAACCACUUGUUCUCCCUCGGGUUAUGUGUGCGGUGCAUCUUUCGUGUGUUUGGUGUGGAAGCCACCACCGUCUAUGCAGCAGCAUCUCCUUCACUAUCACACUCCAUAUUCCCUUCCAUUGUUGCUCAGCAACAUCAACCAACAGAUGAUAAACAACUCUGCACCCUCUGCUUAGGGAUCCUUCAGUUUAGAUUUCAUCGCAACGACGACAACAACAACAACGAUGUCCCUCUUCUCAUUUCUCAAAUGGUUAAACGCGAGGGCUAUCACUGUGAUUCCUUUUCCCUCGAAGUUUCCAUUCCUCCUAUUAUCCUUCACAACGAUAACUAUCUUCGCUCCUACAUGAAAAUCAAAUAUGGAUCUCAACCUUGGUUUCAAGACACAUGCAUCUCUACAAAGGAUGCCUUGAAAUUUUCUCUACUGGAUCCUCUUCAAAAUCUCCUGGAAUGUAAAUCAAGUGUGGGUUCUUUACGCAUUCGUUUGACAUACACUGCAUCAAAAGAGGCAGACAAAUUCUCUGAUAAUGCUGACACUUCUAAGAGAAGAAAAACAGAUGAAUGCAAUUUAGUUGGACAAAAGUCUAUCAGCAGUUCGCUAGAAAGCGAAUCCUCUGAUUGCUGUAAAUUCUUGCUGGAAAUGGCAAAUGAACCUUGCCAUUUUACUUACCUUUGCUGCAGAACACCUAUAUAUUUUGGUGGAAGAUACCUGAAGUAUUCACGGAAUGUGAGUCAAACACGUUGGAUCAUUGAUGAUGAAAGAAUGGGGGAAGCAUCAGUUGAGGAAAUAAUCGGUGGAAACAUCCUCCAAGUAUGCCAAGCUGAUAGUUUCAAGUUUCAUGCUGCCGGAAGAGAAGAUAUUGAUGUCCGAAUGCUGGGCCCAGGCAGGCCAUUUCUUGUUGAGGUGCAAAAUGCACGACAAGUCCCAUCUGAAUUGUUUGUUAAAAAUAUAGAGAAAAAGAUAAAUACCAUGGAGAAUAAAUUGGUUAGAGUGAAAAAUCUGAAACUUGUUGGCAGUCAUGGCUGGGACCUUAUGCGUGAAGGCGAAGCUGAGAAGCAGAAGCAAUAUGCUGCUUUAGUGUGGAUUUCUCGACCUCUGACGGAUGAAGAUUUUCAACAUGUGUCUUCAGUCAAGGAUUUGAAAGUUUUGCAAAGGACCCCUAUCAGGGUGCUACACCGUCGCAGUCCUUUAGAGCGUGAAAAAAUCAUUCAUUGGAUGAAAAUAGAGACAAUUGCUGGAAGUUCCCAAUAUUUUCUUUUGCAUCUAUGUACACAGGCCGGGACCUACAUCAAGGAAUUCGUUCAUGGGGAUCUUGGACGCACGCAUCCUAGCGUUGGAUCUAUGUUCGGUUGUAGAGCUGAAAUUUUGCAACUUGAUGUGACGGACAUCAAAAUGGAAUGUUUCCUGACUUAAAAGUAUCUCAUUGCCCGUGUUUGGAUCCUCUACCGCAACUCCAUACUGUAGUUGUAAAGGAUCCAAAUCCAUUUUAAAUUUUAGUUCUUAAUAAAUUAUUAGAUUUAGAAUUGAUUUUGACAGAGUUAGUUUUUUUUGUCGAGGCAAACGGUUAAUGUUACUUAAAAUAGAUAUUUGAAAUGAUAUUCUAAAAGCGAGUUUAAAAAGUUGAAUUUAUUUAUAAUUAUUUUUUGUAGUAUAGAAAUUAGAUACACUUUACAAGUAGUACGUUAAUAUCAAUCAAUUUUCUUAAAUAGGAACUAUACUGCACGGUGAACAGGAAAUGUGUGUUUAAUCACACACACUGUGUUCAUUGUAGACUUAAUGUAUGUUUAGAUGGUAGUGAGUUUGGCGAAACAAAGUGAGACUUG